AUGAAGAGCCAAAGAGGAAGAAAACCUAGAGGCAGGCAUGGCGAUAAUCAAGAUCAAGAUGCUAACUGGUCAAUGUCAAUGCUUCCUCAUGAUGUUACCAGGGAUAUUCUCAUGCGACUUCCCUUGAAAACCAUCAUUCAGAGUAGGGGUGUAUGCAGGACCUGGCGUAGUUUACUCUCAGAUUCUUGCUUCUCUAAACUGCAACGUGAAAGAGCUCAAUCCAUGCUUGUUCUUCGCUCGCCAUCAUCAUGUGUUUCCAGGAAAGCUGCAGGUGUUGGUCCCAACGAGUUUUACAUGGUUGACCUGGAAUCGGCAGGUGUUUUAGGUCGCAACCAUGUCAUGAAGUUCAACACCAAAAACAAUCUCCCUACCUGUCAUGUCGAACUGGUGGGCUCGUGCAAUGGUUUGCUUUGUUUGUUUGAUAAAAAUUCGAAGAAAAGCUUUUACCUUUGCAGUCCUAUGACAGGUGAAAUUUGCAUAUUUGGAGAGGAUGAGUGGAAAAGUAUUGGGGAGAUUCCAUUCCCAGCUUAUAAGAAAUUCUUUGGUGUUUCUCUGAAUGGAGCUCUGCACUGGAUUGUCAACCUUGAUGAUGAUGAAUAUCCUGAUUUGAUAUGUGCUUUAGAUAUCGACAUCCAAAGGAUUAGGCCAAUGUCACCGCCUAAUGGUUUCAGGAAGGAUACGACAGAGAUGAGCUUGGGAGUACUAAGAGAUCGUCUCUUUAUAUGUGACAAUAUGACUUUGUAUGAUCUUGACAUAUGGGUGAUGAAAGAUUAUGGAAUCAAAGAUUCUUGGACGAAAGAGAUUGUAAUCACUAAGAACUCGCUUUCUUCGAUGCUGCAAAAUUGCUUUCUCCAGCCCGUUAUGGUUUCUAAAGAUGGAAAGGUGUUGAUUUCUAGUGAUUCCAAUGCUUUGGUAUGGUAUGAUCCAACAAGUAAGAGUUUCACUGAUGUUACUCUACCCAGCAGGAUUGGGCCUGAAUUCGAAGCAGUUUGCUGCGUUGCAAGCUUUGAUUCGCUCUCAGACAUCAUGAAGAAGAAUGCAGGACGGAUCUAUGUGCCAGAUAAGCAUUCAGGAUAA